UGGCCGUGGGCUCUGCUGCUGGUGGAGACGGUAUCCACACCCCUGGGGGACGGGGCCCUGCCCUUACGUGGGCCCGCAGGUCCUGCCAGCACCAAUAGCACCGUCUGUCCUUCCAGGUCACUACCUGUACCUGGAUGAGGAUGGUGAGUAGAGCUGCCAUCCUGGCUGUCCUCCCCAUCCACCCAGAGACCUCAGUGGGCCCUGUGUGGUCUGUGCUGGGGCUUACAAGAGCUCAGGUCCCGGCUUGGCUGAGCCCAUGGGGCCCCUGCGGCCACAGGCAGCCCCAGCAUGGAGACCCCCAAGGUCAUGUGUUGAACUCCCACAUGGCAAACGGGGUGCCUGGCCCACGCUGGGGAGAGCUGGGAGUGUUCCCCAGGGGUGACCCCAAACAGCCCCCCUGAAACCAGGCUCGGGGGGGAGAGCUAGGGGUGGGGUGGCAUCCCAGGGUCUGGCCGGUGCUCUGCAGGACCACUGGAGGUGCUGGGGGGGCCGGGCCGCUGCCAGGACACCUACCAGGACUGGAUCUCCCUCUACUGCUGGGCCCCCUUCCACGCUGCCCUCAUGGCCACCCCCGAGGGCAGCCGCUGCUGCUGGGACCAGAUCAGCAGCACCUACAGCGAGCUCUCCAGCUGCACCCAGCUGCUAGCCCAGCUGCUCUCCUGCCCCUGGCCCAGCGCCGUCCUCGACGCCUUCUUCCUGCAGGUCCACGCCGAAUACUUCACCAACUGCACCGGGGCCGGGCCCCCCAGGCUAGGAGGGCUGCCCCCCAGGAUGGCUGUGGCUGUGGCCAUGGGGCUCAGCUGCCUUGUGCCCCUUGCAGCCGCCUUGACGCUCACCAGAGCCCGGAAAGGGGCUCAAACCCCAGCAGGCAGCUGCCCAGCCCCUGCCUGCCUCUGUGCCUGCGAGGGGCUGGCAACAGCCCCCUUCCCUCCCAGCCCUGGGAACUAAUGAGCAGGACGAGUGGGCCAAGGAUGAGGGGGACAGGGCAGAGCAGGUAGGGGAGUCUGGGCAUCCCUGGGGAUGGAGCGGGUCCCGUGGCACUGGGGGAGGCUGGGCCCGGGGCUCCAGAUGCCUGCAUCUGCCCCAGGGCAGGGAACUUUGGGAGAAGGGUCCCAGGUGCUGCUGGGGUCCUUACCCUGCAUGGGCCAAGCCCCUUCCUUGGCACCCCUGGGUGGGGGCUGGCAGGGAGCACCGGGGAUGCCGGGGUGGGGGGGGGGGCGGGAGCCCCAAGUCUUGGCUGGCAGCCACUGUCUCAUCCCUGCCUGUCCUGUCCCUGCCCGUUCCCUCUGGAUGCCCCAGGAGGGGGGCGGCCAUCCCAGGCCCAGGGCCGUGCUGAGAUCAUUGGGUGUCUCCCUGGCAGAGGCUGCUGCCGCCUGGCUGGAGGCUCCAGUGGCUACAACAAAGAGCGGGACCAGGGGCUCCAACCCUUCUGCCCCCAGGGUGCUAUGGCCUGAUGGUUUCCAGAUGCGGUCACUCGCCCGCGAAAGGUCCCACAGUGCCCUGGAGCAGUGGCUGCCGCUGCCUGGGGAGGGUCGGGCGGUUCUGCCAGGACGUUUGCCGGGGAGCACGAAGCCCAGCGAGAUCGUCUUUCUGCAGUAGGGAGGCUCCCUCUGAGCUGCACUUCAUCAUGCUCCGAUUCAUGCUCUGCGCGUCCCGCGGGCGGGCUGUUAAAGGGGCAGCUUUGGGCUCAUGCUCUGCCCCAGGCCAGAGGUGAAAUGAGCUCAACCAGCCUCAGCCUGGUCCUCAGGUGGGAAUGCUGCAGACCCAUAGGGCUGGGCUCGUCCUCGGUGGCGCUGCUCUGCAGGGGGAUGCAGGCCCCGCAGGCGGGAGCUGCGCCAGGACCGAGGGGCUCCAGCAGAGCCGGGCAGGCACCGGGCUGGGCGGUGCGGGAGGAAGCCAUCGGGGUGGAGGACUGGCAACGUCAGCCAAGUCUCUGCCCUCUCCCCAUCUCCCCGCCUGCGUCGGCCUCGCACCCGUGGGCAGGUCGCACCACCGCCCUUCCCUUCCCGGCUGCAGGCAGGGGCCAGGGGGCUGCUCUGGCGAUGCCCGCCAUGGGGCAGGUGGCCCGGUGAGCCAGAAGCCGUGGCGAUGGGACCAUGGGUCCCUCUGCCGCCCCAGCGCCUGGGCGGCAGCGCCUGUCCGGGGACAUUAUGCUUCCCCCGUCCACUCCCCCCCGGCUGUCGGGCUGCCUGCCCUCCACGCAGGAGACGAGGGAUUUCACAACCCAGCCCAGACAGGAUUAAAGAGAAAUACACAAGUAAACAAA